GACCCUGUUGGCUGACUGGAUUGUGCGUCAGCGCCUCUCACCCCUCCACUAGAACCCCUCAAGCCUCUGGCGGUCACACAAGUGUGGAAGUAGCUGCCUAACUGUUGCCCGGACCAGCCCACUCAGCAUCCAGGUCCCUCACGCACAGACAGAGAGGAGGGAGAGUGUGCAGGACCAGAGUGGUGGGGCAUUCACGCAAAAGCCCCCUCAAGACAGGAUUUCUUUUGGCGUUCUUUUUGGAUCAUUUGGACCUUUUUUCCACCCCCUUUUUGGAAAUUUAUCCUGAAAUCAUCUCAUUAAUUCACUGACAUAUUUCAAUAUGAUUUGGCCACACCUGUUCCUGGCUGCUGCGUUGCUCACCGCGGACAGCAGUUCCCUCCGACUUCCAGCUGACCUGGAGGAGGACGUGGUCUCCCAGCACAUGUACAGACUGUACGAGAAAUACAACAGAGGAAACCACCUGAAAGAAGGAAACACGAUCAGGAGUUUCAGAGCCAGCCAAGGCCCUGCUGACCUCAGGACGACAUACCAACUCAACCUGACAACCCUCCAGGACUCAGAGGUCAUUCUUUCUGCCACAUUCCACUUCCUGCUUGAAAAACACACUCAUCCAAAAAAGUGGUUCUGCAAACGCGUCAAGAGCCCAUCGUGCCGCUCUGCAGCUGUGCACCCUUCUCCGUCCGUCAGCUUGCUGCUUCGCUCUGUCUCCUCUGAGCCAGAGAUCAGAUCUGGGUCAGUGGGGUCACUUCUAGGUAACGUGACUUUCCACCCCCACAGGAGAGGGGUGUGGCAGAUGAAAGACGUGACCCAGGUCAUUAAGGAAGCACAACACAGAGGUCAGCUGCUAGUGUCAGUUGAAAUAGAGCAACAGCCCCACAGAAAACCAGAGGAGGUUGUCUCUGGCGGUAGCAUGCCCUACGUGCUAAUGUACGCUAACGACCAAGCCUUAGCAGAACCCAACAGCGUGACAGCGAGCCUGCAGAGAUACGACCCAUUCAACGAGGGGCCAAACUCCUCCGCAAAGUUGAAAGGACGCGUGAGGAGGGACGCAAAUGUGCUUUCUGACGCCAUUCAGAACAACGAGCUUCCCGAGGUGGAGUUCAAGCCCAGUGAGUACAGGAAGGAGGACCUAUGGGAGAGCGACUGGUACCUCUCACUCAAACCCAAACUCAAAUCAGAGCAGAAGGAAAAGAGGAGGAAGAACCACGAGGAUGGUGCAUCCAAAGUAGUCCAUCAGGAAGCAGAAGAAGCACCGCAGCUGAUCAAAAAUGAGGAUUUAACUGCUACAAACUUUAAAGAGAGCCACACACUCGCCACGCAAAAGAAUGAGCAGAAAAAUGAGCGAAAGGAAGGAAAGAAGCACAAAGAGGGCGACGACACUCGGUCAGCGGUUCUGAGCUUCGAUGAGCAAACGAUGCGUAAGGCCAGGAGGAGGCAGUGGGGCCACAGCCAGGACAGGCGCUGCUCCAGGAGGAACCUCAGAGUGGAUUUUGCAGAUAUCGGUUGGAGUGAUUGGGUCAUAGCUCCCAAAGCUUUUGAUGCCUACUUCUGUUCUGGCACAUGUGGAUUCCCAAUGCCACAGGUACUGCGGCCGUCUAACCACGCCACCAUCCAGAGCAUAGUACGGGCCGUCGGCAUCAUCCCGGGCAUUCCUGAGCCCUGCUGCGUCCCAGAAAAUAUGAGCUCUCUGGCUGUCCUCUUCCAGGAUGAAUCCAGGAAUCCGGUGCUCAAGGUUUACCCCAACAUGUCCGUCCAGUCUUGCUCCUGCAGAUAGGAAGCUGGCGAGGGACAAAAUGGACCUGAAAACGAGACUAAAGAAGACGCAACAUUUGUUCUGUGUUUUGUCAAAUUCUGCUCAGAAAUGUUCCUUAGGGAACGUGGGCUGAAGAGAACUCCCUUUUGUCUCUGAUGUCCUUCAGUGGGCUUAAAAGAGACAAAUUGUCUCUGCUGGGAGAACAGAAAGACAGCUUUAAGCUUGUCUAAGAAGCCCAGUUUGUGUUGCAUCAGUAGAGGAAAAAUAGCAUUAAUGGGAUGUGUUGUUAUUAAUAUUUUAUUUUAUUUUAUUGACAGGAAGUUCAAAGCUCACAGUGAGUUCAUAAUUAUGUUUUCUUUGAAUACAAAGACUGUAAAUUAAAAUAAACUUAAAAUGUGUUAUUGCAGCUCAGACAGCAGCCAAGGAGAACGUGCAAGAGACUUUUCUUUCCUGUUCAGUUAGUUCAUCCUAUAUGCAAUGUUCCUUUAUUAUCAAGACACGAAAGUGAAACUGAAUUUUUUUUAUGCUUCUUUUAUUUAAAAAUAAUUAAAAAUGAAGUUUAAGAGCAACUGGAAUUCAGAGUUCUUUUCUUUUUUUUGUAGUGUAAGAAUAAAAACUAACUAUUUUUCUAUUUUAACAUGAAAUGUGGUUAAAGAUAAUUAUAACAGGGCUACGUAUCACUGUAUGUAGAUGAGACUAUAUUUUGUACAUGUGACUUGUUUAAAUUAUGAAAAUUUUGCUUUCAAGUUUAAAUGAAAAUAAAACGUAAAAUCUUAAA